AUGUCCUCCUUUUAUGGUCAGUAUAUCAACUAUGAAAAGGUUAAAGCUGGGCUUGAAGAUUUCGAUAGCCUAACAGUGGAGAAACUGGACGAAAUUCUGCAGUGGUUUCUGAGUGAUUUUAAGGAGAAUAAGUUGCAGGAUAAUGGGUGGCCGAUUACUGUAAACAAUGUCCACCCAGGAGUGGUCAAAACAGAGAUGACCUGCUAUACCGGCAACUUGACUGCUGAAGAAGGUGCGAGAUUUGCUGUUAUGUUGGCUUUGUCGCCAGAAGACACCCGUUCGGGGCUCUUCUUCAAUGAGAUGAAUGUAUCCAGCUUCUGA